AUGGCAGACGAACAGCAGACGAUAGUCCCAACCUACAGCCAGUUCGGCUGUAUUGGCACCGGGCUCAGCGCAAUUGCUCUUGGCGCUACACUCAAGCGAUGGUACCAGCUGGACGACAUCAAAUUCUUCGAGCGACAUGGCGAUUGCGGUGGAACAUGGUAUAUCAGUUCCUAUCCUGGAUGCGGAUGCGACGUUCCAAGCGCGCUCUACAGUUUAUCAUUUGCCCAGAACCCUGGAUGGACCAGAGUUAUGCCUUCCUACAAGGAAAUCAAGGCUUACCAGGAUGAAGUUAUCAAAACAUACGGGCUUCUUGAGAAAAUGACCUUCCGUACCGAGGUACAGCAAUGUAUCUGGCGCGACGACGCCUCGCGGUGGCUGAUGAUCAUGCGCAAUCUGGACACAGGAAAGGUUUCUCAUCAUGAAUGCCAGAUUCUGUUCUCUGCAACUGGGCAAUUGGUGGAGCCUCGUCCAUGCGAUAUUCCUGGUGCUUCUUCUUUCGAAGGCAGUCUUUUCCACUCAGCGCGAUGGAAUCAUGAUGUGAAACUGGAAGGCAAGAACGUCGUUGUCAUUGGAAAUGGAUGCACUGCUGCUCAGAUUGUUCCAUCCAUUGUGGACCAAACUAAAUCCCUAACCCAAAUAGUCCGCACCAAGCAUUGGAUAUUUCCAGCACUCAACUUUGAAUAUCCAGCUGCCCUAAAGUGGAUUUUCCGCUGGGUUCCCUUAGCCAUGAGACUGCAUCGUUUGCAUAUUUUCUUGCUUGCGGAGAGUGAUUUCCGUCUGUUCCCCAUGACCAAGGCGGCAGCCAGACUCCGUGCAAAGCGUCGACAAGGCGUGGAAAAAUACAUGAGGGAGACAGCCCCAGAGAAGUAUCACGACCUUCUAAUCCCCGAUUUUGAUGUCGGCUGCAAGCGCCGAAUCUUCGAUCCCGGCUACCUAAAGUCAUUGCACAAUGAGAAGCUGCUAUUGACUGAUGCCAAGAUUCUCGAAAUCACACCCACCGGGAUUAAAACCAGCGAUGGAUUUGUCCCCGCCGAUGUUAUCGUCCUCGCCACUGGAUUCCAAACAAACAAGUUCCUCCCAUACACAGAGAUCCGCGGUCGCAAUGGUACAGUUGAAGAGCAUUGGGAAAGAUAUGAUGGGCCGGGGGCAUAUAACUGCUCUGUUCUCAGUGGAUUCCCGAACUUCUUCAUGUUACUGGGCCCGAAUGCAGCUACGGGACACACCUCGGCUUUGAUGGCCUCGGAGAACUCGGUGAACUACGCCCUUCGUGUGCUCAAGCCUGUGCUAGAUGGAAAUGCAGCGUCUAUUGAUCUCAAGCAAGAAGCGGAGGAAGGAUACAUAGAGUGGAUGCAGAGUGCUUUGCGGAAGAGGGUGUGGAAUGCGGGAUGCGCUUCGUGGUAUGUCACCGAGAAGCAAUGGAACGCAAUGGCGUAUCCAUGGACCCAGGCACAUUAUUGGUAUCGGAGCUUGUUCCCUGUGUGGUCCCACUGGACACAAAAGAAAAUCCAAAAACCUGCUAAAAAAAGAGGUGGACUCAUCUGGACAAUGGCUGUUCUGGUUGCGCUAGGAGCAGCGUUCAUCCGCCCAGAGGAUAUAAUUCCUCUUUGGACCUGGGCUAGUACGGAAGUGAGAAGCAUGAUAAAGCUGUAG